UUCCGACAGCAAACAGUUUCCAGCCUUUUCACACGCCACACCACGCCGCAUAAAGACUACACAAUGGCCGCACUUAGAUGUACACUAACUUUGCUACUGGUCACCAUUAUUGUGGCGGCCAUUCUGCUGCACAGCAGCGAGGCAGCCUACAGGAAGCCACCGUUUAAUGGCAGCAUCUUUGGCAAGCGCAAUGCUUUGGACUAUGACAAUGCCAAGGCAAUGGGCGCUGUUUGCGAGGUGGCCGUGGAGGCGUGUCAAGGCUGGUUUCCCCAGAACGAUAGCAAAUAGGAGCAAGCCCUGAGACUGAUCUUAAACUUACGCAUUCUAAAGCAAACUAAUACUAGAUGUUGUAGCUGCCGAAUCACCAACAGCGACUAAAUACAAUUACAAAAAAAUCGCGUAUAAAAUGUAUUAGUUAAGUCGUCCAUAUACAUAAACUUACAAUACCUAUAUAGCAUAUACAAUACAUACUCAAUAAACUUACGAGCAAUGCA